UAACUCGCAAAAUCGUGGAACUUCAUCUACAUACAAAAUUUUAGUGAAAUCUGAUAGAAAUAGAGAUGGAAAUUAAAAAAAAAACUGGACAAUGACAUCUGAAACGAAAAAUAAAAUGUUCUAAGCGAGAUUUGAUUAAAAUGUCUGGAAAUACUGUCGUUUUCAUUGAAAUGGGCAUAUUAAAUAGUGCCAUCAUAUAUUUAGUGUUCUGUGGUGCCAUCUACGGAUGAAGCCGAGUUAAUUUCUCCAAAAUAAACUCUAUUCAGUGAACACACCAUUAUGUUUAGACAUAGAUUUGAUUAACUGAAGAACCAUCGAGAGAGAAACAUUUUAUUUGUAUUUCUCAAAAUUAACGUCAUAAGAACACACCUCUAAAUUUCCAUCAUAGAAUCACAUUACUUGUAAUCUAUGGUUUUCUCAUUUCUAUACGUUUAUCAAUAAAAGAAAACAUAGUCAGCUCAGAAAUUUGGAAAUUAUGGACUACUCUACCGAGAAGAAAAUUAAUCUUUCUUCCAGUGAAUCAGUUGGAGAUUUUCAAAGUAAAGAAGAGACUUUUGAAGUCCAUUAUAUUAAGACUGAACUUAGGGAUGAAGAAUUCGUUGAUGAAAAUCAAGAUGAUAGCGAAGAAGCUUUAAAAGAAAAAAUGGAGAGUGAUAGUAAAUUCACUGCCUCAUAUGAACAAAAUGAACUUUUGCCUUUGAAAAUAGAAGAAAUUCAAGAUAAUAUCGAAGGCAGGAAUGAUGAACACUCCACUAAUGGCAAAAUCGGUGAUUCAAAACCACAUAAGUGCCAUUUUUGUAACUUUGCUUCAAAAAGAAAAUAUGAUCUUAAAAGGCAUAUAGAUUCUCUCCAUGUCAAUUUGAAGCGACAUGAAUGUCAGAUAUGUGGUUUUGCUACAAAUUACAAGCAUCAUCUCAAAUAUCACACAGAUAGUAUUCAUUUGAAUUUGAAAAAGCAUAAAUGUCAAUUAUGUGAUUAUGCUUCGUACCAUAAAGCUGAUCUCAACAAGCAUAUGUAUUCGAUUCAUUUGAAUUUAAAACAACAUAAGUGUGAAUUAUGUGAUUAUGCUUCAUAUCAUAAAGGUGAUAUCAAAAAACAUAUGGAUUCAAUCCAUUUGAAUUUAAAGCAACACAAGUGUGAAUUAUGCGAUUUUGCAACAAAUCAAAAAGUUCAUCUCAAAUCACAUAUAGACACUGUUCAUUUAAAUUUGAAACAACACAAGUGUGACCAAUGUGAUUUCGCUACAAAUUUGAAAUGCCAUCUCAAAUAUCACAUAGAUUGUGUCCAUUUGAAUUUAAAAAAACAUAAAUGUCAAUUAUGUGAUUAUGCUUCGUAUCACGAAUCUGAUCUCAACAGACAUAUGGACUGUAUCCAUUUGAACUUGAAGCGUCAUAAGUGUGAAUUAUGUGAUUAUGCAACAAAUCAAAAAGUUCAUCUAAAAUCGCAUAUAGAUACCGUUCAUUUAAAUUUCAAACAAUACAAGUGCGACACUUGUGAUUUCUCUACAAAUUUGAAAUGUCAUCUCAAAUAUCACAUAGAUUGCGUCCAUUUGAAUUUGAAAAAACAUAAAUGCCAAAUAUGUGAUUAUGCUUCAUAUUAUAAAGCUGAUCUCAACAGACACAUGGAUUCCAUUCAUUUGAAUUUGAAGCAACAUAAGUGUGAAUUAUGCGAUUUCGCAACAAAUCAAAAAGUCCAUCUCAAAACGCAUGUAGAAACUGUUCAUUUAAAUUUGAAACAAUAUAAGUGUAAUUUAUGCGAGUUUGCUUCGAAUGGGAAAUAUGAUUUCAAAAAACACGUCGAUUCUGUUCAUUUGAAUUUGAAGCAGCACAAGUGCGAAUUGUGCGAUUACUCUACAAAUAGGAAAUCUGAUUUGAAAAAACAUACAGAUUCUAAUCAUGCGGUUUCGAAACAAGUUUGACUUGCUUCCUGAUAAAAUUUUUUUUAGAAAUUAUGUUGGUUAUUGUUUGGUUGAUGGUAUUGCUCGAUAAUAUAAAUUGAUAUAUGUGUAAAUAAAGUGUUUAUAUAUUUCAAACCCAUUGUCAGUCAUAAUUUAUUGUAAUAAAGAAUAACAAAUAUUA